AACGCGGAAUUGACUUAAUUGACAAACCUACGAAUUAGCAGUUUAGCACGUUCGAGUCCCGAAUAUAUAAAAGGUCGUUUUCUGGCACUACGAUAAAAUAUUCUCUAUAUCGUGUUAUUUAUUAUUUUACACAGACUAACGCGGCGCUUUGGGACUCGAUGAUGGCGAAUUACCGCGUAUUUCACACACAGCUUGCGACCAUCAUGGAAACCCUGACUCGGGCAGCAGUGGCGGAAAUUUGCGAGCUUGUGGAUGACGGCUAUGCGAUUUUACACUUGGAGAUUUCAAGGCAUCAGAAGGAGAACGAAGAGCUCCGGAGAAAACUUCAGUUGAUCGAGUCCAUUGUUGCUGCGCGUGGCUACAGCGAUGAGACAGCGGUUGUGCGCGAGGCCACGAGUCGCCGCGCUUGCGCAGAAUCACGAGACUCAGAGGAGCGCUCCCUUGUCACAGUGCAGGUCAAAGAGGAGGGACAAAUUGAUGAAGAUGAUGAGGACGACGAAACGGUCGCUGUGGUAGCUCAUGAUUCUCCAGAUGAGGACGUCAUAGAGCUUUUGUCGCAUAAAGUCCCAUCAGAUACAGCCUCUGCAAACGAUGACCUCCAUACACACACACUGGCAGACACACACUCCCCGAGCCUUCCUCCACACAUACUCACAGACACACAGUCACACACUGAGGAGUCACAACAUUCCAGCGUGGACCUAACAGCCUCUGAUGAACCUCUCUGUUCUUUUAACACACAGAGUAAUACGCAUGCACUGUCAGACACGCACACUGACGUGACCGGGCAUAGCUGCCCAUUUACAGAUAAGAUGUGCAUGAAGAGAGAGCCUAUGGUGUCUGAUCUGAAUCUUACUUUGGACUGGAGCACACACCCAGUGCAUAACACACUGUCACAGUCCCAUGCUUCCUCAGCUGGAAAUAGCACAAGGACACCUGCUGCCCACAGCUCCCCUCUCUAUACCACACAGCACCUGCUCGGACUGGGUAAUGUAUCAGGGUUGAGGUUGUUUGGAAGCCGUGGCUCAUUGCAAGGGGGUGGAGUCGGUAAGAGGCAUUUUAUCUGUUCCAUCUGCGGCAAGAACUUCACCACAGCACAGAGCCUAGACACACACAUGCGCAUCCAUACAGGUGAGCGUCCAUACCGCUGUGAACAGUGUGGCAAGCGCUUUACUCAGUCUGGCCACCUUACAGCACACCAGACUGUUCACACUGGAGAAAGGCCAUACGAGUGCACACAGUGUGGAAAACGCUUUGCAGGCAAGCAGUACCUGCGAAUACACACCAAGAAACACCAUCCCGAGUAACACGAUUUCAACAGACCCCACAGAGCAUACACACUAAUGUGCAUUUGUGCAUGUUUGUGUAUGUACAGUGGGGAGAACAAGUAUUUGAUACACUGCCGACUUUAGAGGAGACCUCCUCCAGAUCCUUCAGGUUUCGGGGCUGUCGCUGGGCAAUAUGGACUUUCAGCUCUCUCCAAAGAUUUUCUAUUGGGUUCAGGUCUGGAGACUGGCUAGGCCACUCCAGGACCUUCAGAUGCUUCUUACGGAGCCACUGCUUAGUUGCACUGGCUGUGUGUUUCGGGUCGUUGUCAUGCUGGAAGACCCAGCCAUGCUCUUACUGAGGGAAGGAGGUUGUUGGCCAAGAUCUCGCGAUACAUGGCCCUGUCCAUCUGGGGCCAUCCAUAAUGUUUCCACCUCCAUGCUUCACGGUUGGGAUGAUGUUCUUGGGGUUGUACUUAUCCUUCUUCCUCCUAACACGGCGAGUGGAGUUUAGACCAAAAUUCCUCCUCUGGAUUGUCCAGAUGGUCAUCGGCAAACUUUUGACGGGCGUGGACAUGCGCUGGCUUGAACAGGGGGACCUUGCGUGCGCUGUAGGAUUUUAAUCCAUGAAGGCGUAGUGUGUUACUAAUGGUUUUCUUUGAGACUGUGGUCCCAGCUCUCUUCAGGUCAUUGACCAGGUCCUUCCGUGUAGUUCUAGGCUGAUCCCUCGCCUUCCUCAUGAUCAUUGACACCCCACGAGGUGAGAUAUUGCAUGGUGCCCCAGACCGAGGGAGAUUGACCGUCAUCUUGAACUUCUUUCAUUUUCUAAUAAUUGCGCCAACAGUUGUUGCCUUCUCACCAAGCUGCUUGCCUAUUGUCCAGUAGCCCAUCCCAGCCUUGGGCAGGUCUACAAUUUUAUCCCUGAUGUCCUUACACAGCUCUCUGGUCUUGGCCAUUGUGGAGAGAUUGGAGAGAGGUGUCUUUUAUACAGGUAACAAGUUCAAACAGGUGCAGUUAAUACAGGUAAUGGUUGGAGAACAGGAAGGCUUCUUAAAGAAAAACUAACAGGUCUGUAAGAGGCAGAAUUCUUACUGGUUGGUAGGAAAUUCAUUAUUUAAAAAUCAUACAAUGUGAUUUUUCUGGAUUUUUGUUUUAGAUUCCGUCACUCACAGUUGAAGAGUACCUAUGAUAUAAAUUACAGACUUCUACAUGCUUUGUAAGUGAGCAAACCUGCAAAAUCAGCAGUGUAUAAAAUACUUGUUCUCCCCACUGUAUAUAUUACACACACGUACAUAUCCAUGAUACACUACACUGACUUAUACAGAUAUGUACUUACCCACACAUAUGUGUAUUGCAGAAGACAAGGAAACAGGCUAAUCCACACGAAUAAAAUAAGUGUUUACGAAUCAAACACUUAAAAUACUACAUAAGGAAAACCACAAAUGUAUUCUUAGGGCUGGUUGCAACAAAGCCUAAAUGUUAACUGAAAUUAAGGGACAGUUCCACUCAAUAUUUAAUUUAAAGUGUUUUUUUUUUUUUUUUUUUUUAAAAAUCAGGAAUACACCUUUUGUAGGUGUAUAACAAAGAAUCAUGAGCUUCUUGAUGUAUUCAUUAUGGAACUGAAAGUGGACCACACAGAGAAAGAAGGCAGGGAAUUUCACCUGUCUGUUCCAUCAGAAGUAAAGCAUAAGGAAUUCAACUGACUGACUUUUAAACCUGGAUUUCUUUCAAGUGCUGCUGUUUUCCUUAGGAAAGAGUUCAUAUAUUUGGUCCUAUGCAUUUAAGUUUGGAUGGCAGAAUAAAAUGACUGAAGCAGAACUGUAUAAAACAUUUACAUCAUUUCAGCUAAUCCAUUCUUCGUGUUGGGUUGUUUACAUCAUAUUUUAAUUCUAGUGGGCGUAAGAAACUGAGCCACACAAAAACACAAUUGUGUUAGCUUCCACUUACAGUAUUUACAGAUUGCCGAAGCUUUUAGCGGGAGGUCAAACUCUCCAUUUUCUCUUGUUCACAAAAUAUGUUUCUUGCAGUUCAAUCUCUAUUAAGGUGAAGCUUUGGUAGACUGACCCUGCAGCCGUCAGUGUUCCCAUCUGAUACGUAGUGCAGAUAAGCAGCUAGAAAACACGUAUGUGUAAAAAAAAAAAAAAAAAAAAAAAGAAAAGGAAAAAAAAUCUGAAUAAGUCAUUAGUUGGUUCUUGUUAUUUUUUUUUAAUACAAUGUAUGUUACAUCUAAGGCCCAGUUUCUACUUGUGGUUUGUAUGUGAGAAUGCAUAUCUUGUGUACAUCUGGAGGAUUAAGUGACAUCCACUAGAUGGAGCAUCAAAGCCAGAAUGUUCCUGUUCAUCAGGCGUCACUGUCGAAUAAUAAAACGUUCAGCGAGUUUGUUUUAUGUUUGUUUAGCCACUUAUUUUUACUAAAUAUUGUUGGGUUCUCUCUCUAUUAUGACCAUGAGCGAUGCCUUAAGUAAAAAACUAUGACUUUGCUUGGGUUCAUUGUCCAUCUGGACUCCAUUGUGGUUUAAAGCAUUUUUGGCUGAAUCUGAGUCUAAAUCAAGUAAUUUAGCCGAUGUAGACUUGAGGAUGUAGCCUGCUGCUUUUAUCAGCAAUGAAAGACAAAUGAACCAAUGCCAGUCAUAUAUGGCCAUGCCGUAAGGUAUAUUUCGUGAUCAGUGAUCUCUACACAGCAUAUUGGUACCAGGCUGUCUUUGAAGGGGUUUUCCUUCUCCAGGUAGGACUUUGUUUUUAGUGUAACGACUGCUUGCUUUUUGGCAGGUUUUUCAAGGCAAUAACGCACUAUAAAAAGUGCUGUCAAUUCUACACUGUUGUCCGAUUUUGGAUGCAAACACCAAAUACUCCAAGCUGAAAGCCUAAACUUUGAUCAUGAUUUAAUUUUAAUUCCAAUAUACUGUGGUACACCACUUUGUCAACGUCUAAAUAGUUAUGGCUUUGACUGCGUCCCCUAAAAUUGCUAAACACAAUACAGACUGAUUUGGAAAACCGGAUAUUAAUAGCAAUUACUUUUAAUCCUCCAUUUGUAUGUAUGUUAACAAUGCCUUGUACGUGUGUACUCACCUGUCAAGAAUAAAUCGGGCCUUAAAAGUGAA